ACAGCCACAGAGGGGAGCAGGGACCGGCUCCCCGAAGUCCUCCCGGCACUGGGGCAGUUCCAGGAAGCCUCCAAGUUCUUGUUCAGGACCAGGAGACGCCAUCUACGAGUGCAACACCAGCGGGAAACUGUAGCAAAGUGCUUUACUCGGGCUCGCAGGUCGCAGUGUUCGAAGUGGAUCACGACGUUGGAGGACACGCGGAGCAAUCGGAAAAGCAAGUUCUUGCAGAAGAUGACAAGGGACAGCAGCAAGACCUCCCUGAUCUUGCUGCGCCAGAAGUUCUUGUCCAAAAAGCGGAUGCAAACAAGGAACAUGUGGCAGACGAACCAGUAGCACGACAUGCGGCGUCGAGGCCGCAAGGCGACAGUGUUUCCAUCGGGGGAGAAGAAAAUCGCAGUGGAGAAGACGAGCUGCAGAAGUCCUCUCAGGAAAACAUCAUAAGUGCGUCGACACUACCCACCAUGCACGCGGGUCGUGAGGUGGACGAUGAAAACGUCUUGCUCGUCGCACCGGGCACACAACUACAGGAGGUUGACGCGAGAGACGACCACGUCGCGCCACCCGCUGAGGAAGCGGCGCACUUGACGGCUGCUAAGAAUCGCGCAGAAGUUGAUGUUCCGGACAAGACCACCCUGCUGAACACCGUGGACAGAACUCUCGCGGGGGCGGAAGGUGAAGAGGAGCAAAACGACAAGCCUUGUUCCGUUGCAGCACGUGCGGCAGAUAGUAGCCGCGUCACCCCUGCGAUGAUCCAAGAUUACGAGGACAAUUUGCCGGACGAUCCCGUACCGGCUGCGACCCUGGACGCUCUCAAGAGGAAGUACGCGGGUAAGGCCUUAGGAAGAAAUUUGCUGUCCCUUUAUCUCCCUCAGUUGGUGUUUGAUGGUGAAGAAGAAGACUGGGACUAUAGUUAGUCAGGAUUAAUAAAAAGCGCGCCUUGUUGUUGUUGUUUUCUUCGUCGUCUGUGACAAUAUGCGAAAAACAAGAGAUCGUAUAUAGGGAAGUAGUGCGCCAGCAUAUUACAGAAGACUUAAACCAAAAAGAAAAACCUUUCACAGACUUGGGGGCAGGAAGUGCGUGCCUGACGGAGUCGCCCGACGACUUUGACCUGAGCAGCUUUCUGUCCUCUCCAGCGGAGCUCCCCCUGCGCAACCAGGAACCAGAAAUAAAUCAGACCAACACGACGAACGAGCUUGCGGCGGCAGAUGGUGUUCAAUUUGACGGCCAUUCCCAACGCGCGUCGGAAGGGGCCCAGGAGGAGCUGCUCGCUUCCCCCUCUGUUCAUCAGCGCGAAGCCACGACCCCCGGAGAUGUUGAUGCCACCAGUGGUGCGGCGCGACAACAGCGGGCGG